GUUUGAUAAAAUAAAAAAAAUAAAAAACCCUAACCCCGUCUGCCCCCUCUUCUUCUUCAUCACCAGCGGCCAAAAACCACGGACGUCAUCCUCCGGCGAGACUCACGGCGGCGCAGCAACCCAGAACAGGCGGCGACUCCACGACAAUGAUUCGCGGCGGACGGCAACGCGAACGAACCCACGGCGGCGUGUUUCAGUAGCAGCAACUCGAGCAACAAAACCAGCGGUGGGAUUCGAGUUUUUUAGUCCAGAUCCGGUGAGUCUCCGCCGUCUCACGAGCGAUUAGUGACAUUCCAACGGCGAUUCACGUUACAGCAGCGUUUUGAGGACGUUUGGCGGUGACCCACCUUGUUUGAAGCUCGAUUUGUGAUACCCACCUCCUUCGACAUUUAUUCGGCACCUACCCAUGCUCAAACAAAGGUUGAUUUGAGUUAACAAUUGCUUUUCGGUAUCAAACCAGCAAGUUUGAGUCUUUCUGAACUCAAGUGUCGGGCUCAUUCGACAUCGACCCACUCGUACCUCAAGUGGUUUUGGCUUGUAGGUAAGGCCAACCCAACUCUCAUUGAACCUAUUUAAGAAAAGAAAGAAGAGUAAGCAACCAUAAUCUCUUCAUAUCGUCUCAGUCUUAUUUCGGGAACAUGGCCGGCAGCAGGUCGCCCUCUGUAGUGAAUCGAGGUUUUCUUCUUCAGCGGAUUAGGUCUUGUCAGCGUAAUUGUCCUACCGUAGACGACAUCAUCGACCAUCUUCAAUCCAAUUACAGAGACUACGGGGGGCUCAAGAGAUUGCCAUUCUCUUCGAUUGUCCAAAGAACUCUUGAGUCGCUCGAAAUUUCUGGGCCCAAGAUGAAAAAGAGUAAUAAAUCCUCGUUAUCUACCUCGACAACGAAUACGAUGAAACGUCAACUUGUGGAUUUGGAAGAUCAAGAUGCCGAUCGUGGUUGUGAAAAUACCUUUCGGAAAAAGAGGUUCAAGAGAGUCAAUGUGAUUGAGCAGAGGUUGCAGAGUAUGGAAACUAUACCUCUUAAGAGAAUGCAGCAAAGUGAUAGGGAUGAUAUGUCUUCAAUGUCUUAUUCUGACAAGAGUGGCGACGGCGUCGUGUCAAUGUCGGAGGAAGCUAACUAUGGAGAGUUUGAUUUUAUGAACUCUAUGCUUCGAGCAUCUUAUACUGAGUCGAACGAAGCCAAGUCCAAGAAUCUGGAAUUGGACAUUGCCAUUGAAAAUAAUGAGGCUAAAAGAAUUGAUGUGGGGAAUGAAGUAAGCAAAGAAGCAUUGAGUAGGAAGGACCAGAGUUGUGUUGAUAAUGGGCCUAGGUUUAAAGAUUUUAGCAGGGAUGCAGGGUGUGCUGAAGGAAUUAAAGAACAAGGUGAUUGUGCCCUUCUACCAUUCGCAGCUGCCUCGGUAUCUUGGGGUCAGACCCAUCGGUGGAGUUUUGUUUCAUGGACCCCCUGGCUGUGGUAA